UCACAGAUGUGAAAUCUAUUUUUAACCUGUGCUUUUCAACCUGAUGCUCAUUUGAUCUUUUGUGCAUCCUCCCUGUGCAGAAAAUGGUUGUCUUUACUGCUCCUACACUGCUGGUGUUGGUGACUUUGAGUCUGUUGUCUGCUGAAGAAACAGAUUACUUGACGGUCCGUUACCCUCAAAUGACCAUCGAACCUCCAAGAGGAUCCUCAGCCAAACUAUCUUGUGAGGCAAAUUAUGACUUUGAAAAGUGUGGAGUGGUACAUGUGGUGUGGCAUAGGUUUCAAGAGAAUACUGAAACAAGCAGUGAGCUGACUGAUCCUGACCAGUACCUAACCACAGUCAACGAGACGAUCAGUGAUGACAAAAGUAGGCGCAGACAAGUUGUGACAGAGAUUAUGAGUGUGGCCAAAAGCGAUAGUGGUCGAUAUCAGUGCAAAGCUUCAUGUGAGACUGGAGAGCAAGCAAUGGGACAUUUCAUUACCAUCAAGGUCAAAAGUAGACCAUAUUCCUGAGCUGCUUCUUUUCCAAAAUGACAAGAUAAAAUGAUCAUGAGUCAAAGUAUACUCCUCCGAAACAUAAUCUUUUGUCUUAAGUUAUCCAAUUAGAUCAAACUAUGUUUCUGUGCAGAUUAACCUUUUUUCUGUUGUACUCCAUGACUGUUUCUGUCAGUGUUAUUUUAUGAAUCUUCCCAACCUUUAACAUGCUUUUGUGUGUACGUGAAACCAGAAGUCAUUAAAAACAUUUGGUCAAAACAAUCAUGUUGAACUAAAGAAAGAUACAUUGUGUUUUAUUGAAGAGCUCCAGUCAUUUAUGUGAAAUUUAUGCUUAAGUAUUUGUGAUUGUUUUCUAUUGCAAAGCAAAUAAAAUAUGCUUGUUGGUCAGUUUUCUGAGAUUUUUUGACAGUUGCGUGGUUACAGUCUUUGACUCACUCCUGGUUGCCGGUAUAUAAGGAAAGUAAGUACUUACAGACUGAGCACAAGUCUGUGGAGUGGAAGAAAAAUCAAGCAAUUUUUUUUUUUUUUAGGAAUUUUAAACGAAAACAGUAACAUGCAAUAAUAUAUCUUAUAACCAAAUCUCAGUCCUGUCCGACCUGGUUGGGAAAAUCCUUCUGGGUGGGAUUGUCAGGUUUCUGUAGACUGAAAAACAUCUCACUAAUUAAAAUUUUAAAAAGUCAACUUAUCCCCAUAGAAACACUUGAGAUGUUUUCAUUAAAAAAUAGAUCUAAUUAUUCCACUGAAUAACUCCAUCAAUCAUCAAUAUUUAAAGUUUUAAAGAAUUUCCAAAAUGAGCAAAAUAAGAUCAAAUGAUUACUUGGAAAUGUAUCAGCAGGGAUAGUGUCAAGUUUUUUUUUUUUUGUCCAUAACAAAAGGCACGGUCAUGAGGAUGCUGAAUGUGUUGAAUAAGAUUUUAAAGGAAAGUGGACAAAAGUAGGUCAUAACAUCCUGUCUCCAUGAUAUAAAUACAUGAUUCAAUAAAGAAAAUGAUUUCUCUAAGCCAUUCUGCUCAAUUAAAUAUUAUUUAAGUGAGCGGAGGUUUGAUAAUCUUUGUAAGUCAGAAAAUGGCUACAGGGAAAUACAGUCAGGAAACUGAAACUGUGACAAACAGUACUGGAUGAGAAUCCAACAUAAUUGUGAAUAAGAGAGCCUAAAAUGGACCACUGUUACUCAAAAAAAAUUUUAAAAACGCUGCAACAUUUUAAAAACAUUUUUAUGAGUCAAUCUAUGCUGUUUGUCUUUGACAGUAGAGAAAAUCUUUUUCAAAACAGAAAUACGUUUUAAACUGUCUUCCCUUUCAGCACAUUUAAAGUGCAUUUACUGUAAUUCUGCACUUCUUCCAAGAACAUACCUGCGCAUUUGGUAUUCACACAUUGUUCUCUCGUUUAUUGAGCAAUGCGAUUGUGGAAGGCCUGUGAGGCAAACCACUAACAGGAAACUGCCUUGCCUGCUGGGUAUUGCUGUUGAGUCCUUUUGAAAGUGUAAUCCACAGAGAUUAUGCUAUGUGUCCUUGCACUGAGCAUGCAAACUGUUUUUAAAAGCUAUUUUCAAAGUGUUAAGGAACUUUCAGAAAUUAAUAUUUCAGACAAAAUAUGUUUGCAAAAACUGUGGUGGGUCAUCUCCACAAAAGGUUCUGUGGUUUGAGUCAAGCAUUUCAGGAUGUGGAUGCACAUUGUACUUAUGACUUCAAACCAGCAUCUAUUGACACUAGUUGUGAAGGAGAGCUGCAAGUUGGGAAAGGAGAUGAAGUUACCAUUACACUACCUCACAUUCCAGGCUCCACGCCUCCUAUGACAGUAUUUAAGGGAAACAAGCGACCAUAUCAGAAGGACUGUGUUCUCAUCAUUAACCAUGACACGGGUGAAUUUGUCCUGGAGAAGCUCAGCAGCAGCAUCCAGGUGAAGAAAACAAGGGCAGAGGGGAGCAGUAAGAUCCAGGCCCGAAUUGAGCAGCAGUCAGUUCGCUCCAGCCAGCCUAGCUCUCAGUUCCGGGCCCCAACCAAACCCGGAACUGGGAUCAAAACCUCGCCCUCCCAAACUAAGGACAACCCGUCUCCUGAGCCGCAGCUCGAUGACAUCAAGAGAGAGCUGAGAGCGGAGGUGGAGGUUAUAGAGCAGAUGAGCAGCAGCGGCAGCAGCAGCUCCUCGGACUCAGCCAGCGCCUCGGGGAGCGGCGACGACAGCAGCAGCAGUGACGGCGAGAAUGACGCACCGCGGCCGCUCAGCCAGACCUCCCCCAGCCGCCUCCCUGUGGUCAACGGAGGAGUCGACCGGCAGCAGGGCAACAACCAGCUCAUGAACACACUCCGAAACGAUCUUCAGCUCAGCGAGUCGGGCAGCGACAGCGACGAUGACUGAACUCUCUGGGUCAGCCUCUACUCCUUCACACUCCUCCUCACCUUCCUCUUUUCUGCCUGAUUCAUUUGUUUCUUUGCUGUGAUAUCUGACUCCAUCCUUAUGUUGUAGUAUAACUGUUUAUAAGUUUUAUUUUAGUAUUUCCUUAGAUGGCCACCCAGACACAUUAGGAGUUUAUUUUUAUUAGAUGUAUAUUUUGUUUUGGAAGAGUUUUACUUGAGAGUGACAGAAGAUUAUAUCUAGAGCAUUCAUGCAUAUUUUAAGUACUAAAAGAAGCUAGUUUUAUCACCCAAAUACUUCUAUUUUUAUUAUUAAGUUUUGUUUUUAUAUUAAAAUUAGCAAGAUAAAGAUUUCAGUCGGAACCACCCUCAUGUUCCUCCCCGUAUGUCAGACAAAGCUGUGGACAUCCUCUCUUUAUGUUAUUGUUAUUAGCACUUCUUUCGGCACUAAUCAAACUUACAUUCAUAUGCAUUUUCUUUCUUUAAAUACUAAAAGAUUAUCUGCAAAAAGUGUAUAAAUAACCUUUUAGUUAUUUCACAUUUGAUUCUUUGGUGGCUAUUUGGCUCUACAGAAAACAAGAGAAAAUGAAUUUUACCUGCCCUAUUUUUUAAAAAGAGAUUCUAAUGACUUUUCAUUAAUAAUAUAGAAAGCGAGGAUGUUUACAGUUGGUAUAAAAGUAAAAACAAGUUCCUUAUUAUAAUAGAGGAACAACAUCUUGGAUGAUGUUCUUUUCCCCCGCCACUAGAUGGCAGAUGAGAUUCAAUAGUAAAACAGAAACCUAGUCAAUGAAAGACGUGCAUUGAGUGGGUUUAUUUGUAACACCAAAAAACGGGUUCUUCCAGACUUGGUUUGGUUUCUCUGGAAGAUAAUGUUGUGAUUUGUUUGUGUUGGACCUUCGUUUACCCUAACUGUUACUCAUUGUGUUCAUCUUUCUCUGAAAUAGCAACAGAUGUAGAUUAGAAAAUGAAUAAAGUCAACCAUUGUGUAUUUGAAACUGGAUAACCCAAAAAAAAAUCAAAGAGAAAAAGGUUACAGUUUUCAGUUUUGUUGCAGCUCUUUUAUUGAUUGCAGAGUGUUACUGAGCCAUGUGUGUGUGUGUGUGUGUGUGUGUACUGUGUCUACCCUACAGCUUAGACACAUGUCCAUGUUCUCAUUAAUGUUUGAUUUUUAUGUUAUUUUUGCUCUUAAUGUCAGGAACUUGAAGCAUCAUCUCUGUGUUUCAGAGAUUUGACAUUAUUAUUCAGCCCUCCCGAGCCAAUUAUUGAGGCAGUUAUUUAAAACUAAAUAAAGGCUCUACAUUAUAGGAGACUUGGAACCAAAAAAAGUUUAUAAGACAACUUUUAUUUGUUUCAGACACGUGUUGUUGGUUUGACCUAGAAAUAUACCAGGCCACAGGACCUUUAGAUGCUUUACAGAAUUUUAGUUUAGUAUAAAAAGUAAAUGUGUUAUACUCCGAAAAUGCCAAAGAAUAGAACUCGCCUAGAGAAAGACAUUCAGGAUUGUUGAUUGUGUUCAGUUUAUAGUUUUACAGUCUUUCUGUGCAAACAGCAUAAUUGGUUAGUUUGGGGGGGGUUUAACCAACAAAGUAACCUCCUAGUUACUCCUAAUUUUUGCAGGGUUUUUUUUGCAAAAACUGCAAACAUUUUUGUUUGGUAUUAUUAUUUAGAGUUACUAAUGAAGAAGAGUCACAGUAUUAAAAUAACUAGGCCUAAACAUAAAAUAGUUUUUGUAAAAGAUGUCCUAGAGAAAAUAACUAUUAUUAUUGCAGAGUGUCUCAUAAUUACAUUUGGGAAUUUGUAAAAAGUUUUAGAUCACAUUUAAAAUUACUUUGCAUACAAAAUAGACUAUUUUACUCUUGUCAAAAACUGAUUUUAUUCUUUUCUUGAUGAACACAAUGAAUGCUCCAUUGCUCCAGUUCUGACCUGUAUUAUUGCGAGCAAUACAGCAUCCAGACAUGCGCUCCCGGCCUGUAACCAGCAGACUAGAGAAGUACAGCUAACAGAAGUUUGAGUGAAUAUACUUUUACAUAAUUAAGGUUCAUAAUGUCAGAUUUUAUCACUCUCUUUUUUUUUUUACUGUUUCAUGAAACAGUUUAUCUACAUCAGUUGCAGAAUCAUUACAAAUGCAUGCUGUAGCAGUAAAUAAUAAAUUAGGAUCUUCCUUUUUAUUUAAAAGAAGCUGGAAAGUGUGUCUUGCUAGAGGUGAUCAUAAAUUUCAUAAUCAUAAAUAUGUUGAGCUCAUUCUAGUUGUGAGCUGGAAAAUGAGAGGCUUAGCUAUUUGUUUUGGUGCUCAGUACUAUACGCAAUACAAGCCUAUAACUAUAUGUUUCUCUCCAUUUUAUGCAUGAAAACACAAAAGGAACAUGUUUACAGCUCUAUGCAGAAUGUAGACUGGAAAUAAUGACUUCCAGGUUAAACGGACAUUCUUCCGUUUUCCACCACGGACUUAAAAAAUCCAACUUUGGAUGCAAAAAAGAAUGCAAAUAAUCUACCUGGCUAAAUUAACUAAACAAACUAGAUUGUCAACUUUCUAAUAUCCAAGGAAAUGUUAGUGUUGCUUAGUUUAUUUUUAGGCAUCUGAUAAAUGAAUAAGGCUCAAUUGUUGAUUUAAUAAACUCCAAAAAGAAACUAACACAUUUUUUUUAUUUUGUUUUCCAUAGAAACUGUAAAAGUCUUGCAAAAGUGUGCAGUUGUUUUACUUACUGUGUUGUAUUUGUUAUUUUAGCUUUGUGUGUCUUAGAAAUGUGUUUAUGUGAAAUUUGGAUUGUAUUAAGUUUGCAAUUUUCAGUAAAAUAGUUUCCCACAUUGA